AGGUGGGUUGCCAUUGCUGGUCAUGUUGGCAGGGCGGAUGACGAUGUGAUUGGUGGGGCGGCCAGGGAGGAGACUGUCAGGGACGGUGCAAACGCCAUAUUUGUUGUCGUGUCAGAGUCUGGAGCUGCGGCAGUGACGGAGCGACGGUCUGGAGGGCCGGGGUUGCCGCAUUGAUUGGCACAGGCGCUUCAGGUUGAAACUACAGCUUUUUGAUUUUGUCAGCAUAACGAGCGAUUUCGGGCGCGAUUAGGCGCUAGCACCGCUGAUAUUUAAACAGAAGUUUCGGCGAACUGAUCUAGGACUGGGAGAUGGUGCAACCCUGAGGAGGAGCGGGACUGGGACUGGGACCGAGGACGGGGCCGAGCUGGAUGAGGUGACCCCUGCGUUAUGUCGAUUUGGAUUCUGGAAAUUCGCCCUUACAGAAUUCACAAAUCGCUGCCUAAAAAUUUGAGGAUAAAUAUUUGUAUGACAGAGAAUGGAACAUCAAGCUGAUGAGCAGAUUGCUCCAGAAGCUAAUCAACAGGUGGCGAGCUGUGACCAUGACAAAAUACAUCCGUCAAUAAUUGAUGCUCUCAAAAGUGAUGAGGUUAUUAAUGAUGUCACUGGUGGGGAUACUGGAGCACUAAAUGGCACAUGCCUCAAGUCAGAGACUUAUUCAGCAACCAAAACACUAAAAUUAAAAGAAGAUAUAAAUGGCGAACAUGAAGAUAGAUUUGCUGAGGUACAACUGAAUGUUCAGGUUGAACAAUGUAUGAAUAACUUGACAGAUCAUGGUGGAAGUGGAGAACCGUGUGCUCUAAUCUCUUUGAAUAAUGAUACGGAAAUUGCAUCAGACAAUAAGGAAGAAGUGAGUGACUCUGGAGAACUUAAUAAAAUGGUUAAUAAUCAAACACAUCAUCCUACAUCAGAGAAAUCAUCAGAAGCGGAUACUAUUGAUUGGAACAAAUGUACACCUCAUUCAUCUCGCAAGAUUGAUUCAGAAAGUCCUUUUGAUACAAAGAUAACCAAGGAUCUAAUGUCCAGGAUGGAGCUUGAAUCUUCUCAAGAUGCUUUGUUGGAUGAGCUAGAAUCAGAAUAUAAUUAUUUUUCAACAGAAUCCUCAGUGACUCCCAGUUUACCUAAUGGAAUUACAAAAGAAAGUAGCGCUGUAGCCAUAUUUAAUGAAUCAUUACAAAACAAAUGUCUUCAGCAAGAAAAUAAAAUUAAAAAACUGAUGGAAGAAAACAGAAAGCAUCAAGAAAUGAUUGUGGAGAUUUGUGCAGAAAAAAACAACUUGAAAGAUGAAUUGAAGAAACGUUCGGAAACAGAAAAGCAACAUAUCAACACCAUAAAACUAAUGGAAGUCAAAGUUGAAAACCUAAUGGAGGAAAUUAAAAUGGUGAAGGAAAGAUUGAUCUCACAGGAUGCUGCUGCCAAAAAUGCUAUUCAGCAAUUACAAAGAAAUCUAACUUCUCGGAUUGAACAAACGAACAAAAAAUGUGAAGAGGCUCGACAGGAAAAAGAAGCUAUGGUAAUGAAAUACGUACGAGGAGAAAAAGAAGCCCUUGAUCUUCGAAAGGACAAGGAAGGAAUUGAAAAAAGAUUACGUGAUGCAAACCGAGAACUGGAGAAACUGACAAUGAAGGCCAAACAGCUCACACAAGAGAAGACAAGAUUGCAACAGCUUUAUGAGGCAAAGGAAGGAGAAGCCACAAGGCUCAACAGAGAUGUUGAAAAAUUGAAGGAAGACAUCAAUUCCAACAUCAUCAAAGUGAAAUGGGCUCAAAACAAGUUAAAAAGUGAAAUGGAUACACAUAAGGAAACGAGAGAAAAAUUGAAGGAAACAACAGUCAAACUAACUCAGGCUAAAGAAGAGACAGAACAAAUCCGGAAAAACUGCCAAGACAUGAUUAAAACCUAUCAGGAAUCUGAAGAAAUCAGAUCCAAUGAGUUGGAUGCCAAACUGCGUGAGACUAAAGGAGAACUAGAAAAACGUUUGCAAGAAAAAUCUGAUGAAAUGGAGAUUCGCCUUGCUAAAAUAAAAGAACUUGAUGACCUGAAGAAAACAUACAAGGAAGGAAUGGAUGAGUUGCACACUUUGAGAACAAAGGUACGAUGUCUUGAAGAUGAGCGACUGAGAACUGAAGAUGAACUAUCAAAGUAUAAAGAAAUAAUAAACCGCCAAAAAGCAGAAUGCCAAUCUUUGCAUGAACGGGUGAAAUUAAUAAAUCAUUUGCAAGAACAGCUUGAAGGAAAUGAACAAGAGAUUCAAUCACUGAAGGAAGAGGUUGACAACCUGAAUGCGCUGAUUACAGAUUUGCAAGAAGAUAUUGAAGGGAGUCGUAAAAAAGAAUCAGAGUUGCUUGUAUUCACAGAGAAAUUGACAAGCAAAAAUGCACAACUUCAGUCUGAGAACAAUACAUUACAGGCGCAACUUGACAAAUUGAGUAUUCGUGAGCGGCAUCUGAGUGGGCAGCUUGAAGAGUUGGGACAGACCAAUACUGAUCUGGUGAACAGUUUGCAAAAAGAACAACAACUACGACAAGAGGAUAUGAAAACUUUGCAGAAUGAAGUGAUCACUGAACAAAAGGACGUGAGUAGGCUGACUUUACAAGUGGAGGAGCUUAAAGAUGAGCUCGCCACACAGAAACGAAAAAAAGCAACUAACAUUAAGGACCUCACAAAACAGCUUCAACAAGUACGCCGACGAUUGGAACAAAUGGAAAAUGGAAAUUGUGAUAGCAAAGAGGCGAGCAGCAUGGGAAGUCGUUCAAGUUCAUCAGGUUCUCUAGAUGCUCGAUGCAAUAAAGAGGAGAGGUCUCCAGAGAAUACUGGCCGUUCCGUGCAAGCAGAUAAUUUUCCAGAAGUGGACAAGACCAUAUUAAUAGAACGUAUUGUUCGCCUACAGAAAGCUCAUGCACGUAAGAAUGAAAAAAUUGAAUUCAUGGAGGAUCAUAUCAAACAGUUAGUGGAGGAAAUACGAAAGAAAACUCGAAUCAUUCAGACUUAUGUUCUGAGAGAAGAAUCUGGUGCCUUGUCCUCAGAAGCAUCUGAUUUCAAUAAAGCCCAGGUGAGCAGACGUGGAGGAAUCAUGGCUUCACUUUACACGUCACAUCCAGCGGACAGUGGUCUAACGUUGGAGCUCUUAUUGGAAAUAAACAGGAAGCUGCAAGCUGUACUGGAAGACACUUUGUUGAAGAAUAUAACACUUAAGGAAAACUUGCAGACGCUGGGUGCAGAAAUAGAACGUCUGAUCAAGUGCCAGCAUGAAUUGGAGCAACAACUAAAGCACUGAAUUGGCACUGUUCUCAGUUUAAGCAACUCCAUUGUGAAUUCAAGGGAACAGGUGCCAGUCAGGCAGGGAUCGUACAUCACUCGUGACUCAGACAAGGAUUUUUUAUCUGCCUUCACAAGAGAUAAUGUUGCUUCUACCGAGACGCAGGUUUGGAAUACUCAUUAUGCUGAAUUGACUUUUGAGAAACAUCUUUCUGAAGCAAAUUUUAUGUUAACACUCCAAGUUAUCGAACGUAUAACUAUAAAUCUGCUCCUUAAAAUAAUGAAUGAAGACUGCUGCAAUCAGCUCAGAAUAGCGACUAAUGGAUGUUGAUCAUUCUUCGAAGCUCUUUGUUGUUCUUAAAAAAAACAAUGAAUACCUUGUAUACCUAGAUAAGAAUGGUCUAUCAUGAAGGUUUUGGGACUAUAGUGCAAUUACACAAUGCAACUCUGGGCAAUUUUUAGCUGACAACCUAAGUUUUCAUUUUAGUGUUCUUUUGAUUUCUAAAAUUUCUAAAUUCAAAUAGGGCUGAGGCAAAUAAAGUGCAUAUCCAUCCAGUGUCUGACAAUUUUCUCUUCUUCCUUUGACACUGACAGUACUUUGAGUAAAACUUUUUAGAAAUUGAAUAAUUUCAUUCCUCUGAUUUUUACAUUAUGUCUGAUAAACCAAAUUAAUGGAUUUCCAGUCCAAUUAAGUGACAUGCAAACCAAAUCUGCUAAGCAGGUCAUGGUAUUUUGGCUCGUGAUUGAAUUAUUUUUCAUGUAAGUGGAUGAUCCGUUUAUUGUAAUGGAAUAUUAUCAAUGCUGAUUAUGAAAAAUAAUUUAGAUUUUUGACGAAUUGUAAGCUAAGUAAUUACAGUUUGUUGAAAAAGAACUAAAGAUGGUAAUCAGACUGAAUUCUGUGAUUAAUAACUAGUUUCUCAGAUUACCUACAAAUAAUGUACAUUCAUCAAUGUGUCUACUUGAAAUUCCUCAAUUGGAGGCUAGAUUCUGGCACUGCUGUUGGAUGAGAUCUGAUUAUUUUUAAGAAAGUUUUUUUUUCUCCAGAAAAAUAAUGGAAAUGCACUUUAAACUCAAAUUAUUGCCUUCCAAAUUACACAGUACAUGUCUGUUAUUUUAGCACAAACCUGUUUCAACUUUAAUUUUUAUUUCAGUUCAUUUACUUUCUGUUGCAAAAGUGCUGUAGUUUACUUUGGAAAUUAAUUUGUAAAAUUAAGUUGUAGAUACAUUUCUGUAUAAAGAGGACAGUUUUUAAAGUUUUAAUCUAUUAUAUGUAUAUAUGGCAUAUUGGAUGAAUAAAAUUACAUUUUGUGUCUUA